AUGAGGAGGCGGCUGCUAGCGUGUGUCGAAGGGAACGGAAGGAAACCUCGCCUAGUCGACAACAUGAUACGUGAAAGAAGGGCCCGCGGCAAAAUUGCCGUCGCCGGAAAGCCUGCGAGUUAUAGCGCGGCGCGGCGGAGCAGCUAUUUGAGCACGAAAAGUUUGAACGCUACCGGUGAGACGAAGAGGGAGGCUCUCGCGUCUUUGUCUUCUGCUCGCGCUCUCGCUCGCUGUUCUGCAUACGGCGUUGCGUUGCUUGGCUGGGCCAUUCAAAGAAAGGCCCAGCCGGGCUGUGGGCUUGGCAGCGGAUGGUCGAAUUCGAGACGAGACUGA